GGCGCUCUUCUGCAGAGCUAACCGUUGAGCAUGUUCAGGCGUCACAAAAUCCCUCCAGAAAUCACUGACCAUAUAAUAGACCAUCUCCAUGAAGAUGUUCACAGCCUUACCACCUGCAGCUUGGUCUGCAAAGAAUGGCUUCCUGCAUCUCGUCAUCAUCUAUUCUCCUCCAUCUCACUUCAUCCAUGGAAAAAAGACAGUUUUUUGCGACUUGUAGAGUCACCGAUUGCCACGUUUGCGCCGUAUGUACGCCGAGUCUACAUGCGCGAAGGACGAGGGGCGUAUACCUGGGAGAAAAGGUGGUUGAACGAAGCUUUACCCCGCAUGAAGGCUCUUACACGGGUGGAGACUCUCGAGGUUGAACGUGUCACCUGGGAGUUUCUCGGUACAGAAGCUAGACAGAGCUUUCUGACAAUAUUCAAAGGGAUCAAGAAGUUGAAGUUGCAGCACUUUGAAUUUCGGUCCUUCUGCGACCUCAUGCAAUUCAUCGAUGCGUUCCCUGCGUUGGAGGACCUCCAAUUCGACAUCGUGAAGUGGGAAAAAGAGUCUAUAGAGCUUGAUUCGCCAACCCAAUACCAUCGACCACCUAAUUUACGCGUUUUGUCCCUGUCAUGCACUCGGAAAGCCUCCAUCCUGAACUGGAUUCAGUCUGGAGAACGCGAACCUGCUGUGCAUACCUUACACUUAUGGGAGCUAUCGGAGAAAGAUGUAUCCGCUAUACCCACAUUUCUCUCUUCAGUCGGAUCAUCUCUCCAGGAAUUACACAUACGAUUUGACGACGAUUUCUACUUUGCAGACGCACUGGAUUUGGUUCAACAAAUGAAAAUUUCGGAUGUCACAGAGCUUCGUGCAUUCCACGUGCAUAACUUGUUUCUCGACCAAACUACACCUGACAUGGACUGGGUACUGGAACUCUAUCGCCAUAUUCAAUCUCCUCAUAUACAGGAGGUAACCAUAGGGCUGGUUUAUGCGGUGUCGGGGCUUGUGUCAGGCCCCGUGGAGAAGAUCGACUGGGAUAGUCUCGCCGACAUACUUUCACAACCUCAAUUUGCGGGCUUGCAAAGUGUGAAAGUGAUACUGAAUGUCAAAGAUGAUCUUGGAAUGGAGCUGAUCAGGCAGCAUUUUGCUAAAGUUCGCGACAGAGGGAUUCUAUCAAUUGGCACGGCAUCUGAUUGUGCUUGAUGUUUAUUUAAUGUAUUUAAUGUAUAUAUGAUGAGUACCAGUGUAAUCAAAGUCAUGGGGGUAUGCUGUAGAACUAGCAGAUUUCGUUAAUAAAAUCCAGUCGUACAGUGA